CGCUAGGGGUAGCGGCGGCGGCGGCGGCGGCGGCUGCGGCUGCGGCCUGAGAGCGUGGCUGCUCUGAGGGCACAGGAGCCCGUGCGAGUGGGAACGAGGGAGGCAGAGGGUGGGAAAGCCGGCGGCAGAGGAGGGCGGCGCCGGAGGAGGGCGGCGCGUGGCUGACUCAUCUCUCUGGAAGAUCAGACUGACAGACACACACACUCGCCGAACCCGCCCGCCCGCGCCGCUCCUCCUCAGCCGGGAAGCGCCCGCCCGCACCACCCUCCCGCCCUUCCCGGGAGCUCUCCGGGCCCGACCGCCUCAGAGAAAGUUUUUCUCGUCGGAGGCGCCAGAACCGUCGCGGGCUUUUGGGAAGAGGGGGACGGAAGAGGCGGCGGCAGCGGCGCAGGCCCGCGGAGUGCAUGUUGCCCGGCGCCUCGGCUGCCUGUCAGGAGGACCUCGGGGCGGGGUCGGGCUGAGCCCAGCUGCUUCCUCUCGGCUCCGCCGCGCCAGAAAUCUCCCCGGACUGUCGCGGGGGUCCCCGCUCCUCAGCCCGCCAUGUCCAGGCUGCUGCCGCUGCUGAGGGGCCGGACCGCGCGCAGCCUGAGGCCGGGCCCGGCCGCCGCCGCCGCCGCCGCCGCGCCCCGCCCGCCGUCCUGGUGCUGCUGCGGGCGGGGGCUGCUGGCGCUCGCGGCCCCCGGCGCCUCGCCCGGCGGCCCCCGGCAGCUGGGCACGCACCCCAAGAAGGAGCCCAUGGAGGCGCUGAACACGGCGCAGGGCGCGCGCGACUUCAUCUACAGCCUGCACUCCACCGAGAGGAGCUGCCUGCUCAAGGAGCUGCACCGCUUCGAGUCCAUUGCCAUCGCCCAAGGUAUUUCAACAUGUUCCAGUCAACUGACAAGGACUUCUCAUAGUGUCAGAACUGUGAUGAUGAUGAGAGUAACACAACUAAAUAGUUCUGAGAAAUUGGAAGCUCAACCACCCACCCCAGGACAGCUGAGAUAUGUAUUCAUCCACAAUGCGAUACCUUUCAUAGGGUUUGGCUUUUUGGAUAAUGCAAUUAUGAUUGUUGCAGGAACUCAUAUCGAGUUGUCUAUUGGAAUUAUUUUGGGAAUUUCAACUAUGGCAGCUGCUGCUUUGGGAAAUCUCGUGUCAGAUUUAGCUGGACUCGGACUUGCAGGCUAUGUUGAAGCUUUGGCUUCUAGGUUAGGCCUGUCAAUUCCUGAUCUCACACCAAAGCAAGUUGACAUGUGGCAAACACGUGUUAGUACACAUUUGGUCUUAGAGAAGAGAAACAGACAGCAUCUGAUUAGUUCCUAUCUGCCUAGUAUACCCAGCACAGAGCUCAGCACAUAGGCAAAGCUGUUGGGGUGACUAUUGGCUGCAUUCUAGGAAUGUUUCCUUUGAUUUUCUUUGGAGGAGGUGAAGAAGAUGAAAAACUGGAAAAGAAAAAUGAAUCCUCUUAGAAUACCUAUAGGAAGAUGUAAACUAAUGUACCUCAGUUAUUAAAUAUACUGUCACAACAUUUAGGAGUUCAGACAGUAACAGUGUAUAGAUACGGGAUCAAAUAAUUCAGCAUGUGUUAUGGAACACUAACUUAUUGUGGCUUGGUCUUCUUAGGACAUCUUUUUAAAAAAAAACUGUUUAGUAGCAUUUGUGUAAAUUGUUGAAAUGCCUUUUCAUCAGCAGCAGUCAACAUCUUAUCUUUUCUUCUUUCUUUAUCUAUCACAAUAUUAUUUAAGUAUUGGUCAUUGAUGUACUAUAUUGACUUGGGGUUUGCCUAUCUGUUACUUAACAUGCCUACUUGCAUGGAAGCUUUUGUUGAUGUUGUUGUUCCCUAAUAGUUACAAUUCAAAUUUAGGAUUUUUCCAGAUUACUUGAGAUGUUUAAUAUCAGUUAAAGAUUUUUUUACUCUCUUUUUGGCACCAUCAAUUUUGUACUGUUUCACAGUAAACAUUUGCAAUCAUAAAAUUCA